GUGACUCUUUUGGAGAGAGCAUCUGGAAAAGAGGAAUCCAUCUUCCUUGCUGGAUCUAGCAAGAUGCGUGAAAUUGUGCAUGUCCAGAUUGGCCAGUGCGGGAAUCAGAUUGGUGCAAAGUUCUGGGAAGUCAUCAGCGACGAGCAUGGGAUUGACACCACAGGAAAUUAUCACGGUGAUUCACCGUUGCAGCAGGAAAGAAUUAAUGUGUACUUCAAUGAAGCGUACUCUCAUAAGUAUGUUCCUCGUGCUAUCCUGGUGGACUUGGAACCUGGAACAAUGGACAGUGUGCGGUCCAGCAAAAUUGGUCCACUCUUUCGGCCCGAUAACUUCAUUCAUGGAAAUUCAGGUGCUGGUAACAAUUGGGCAAAGGGUCAUUAUACCGAAGGGGCCGAAUUGAUUGAAAAUGUAAUGGACAUUGUGAGGAAUGAAUCUGAAGGAUGCGACUGUCUCCAGGGCUUUCAGCUCGUCCAUUCUCUCGGAGGUGGGACAGGCUCUGGAAUGGGCACCCUUCUGAUUAACAAGAUCAAAGAAGAAUAUCCUGAUAGGAUCAUGAACACUUUCAGUGUGGUGCCCUCACCCAAAGUUUCAGACACUGUUGUUGAACCGUACAAUGCCAUCUUAUCCAUCCACCAGCUGAUAGAAAAUACAGAUGAAACCUUCUGCAUCGACAAUGAAGCUCUGUAUGACAUCUGCUUUAGAACACUGAAGCUCCCCACACCAAGCUAUGGAGAUCUCAACCAUUUGGUGUCCCUCACCAUGAGUGGCGUCACUACCUCACUUCGCUUUCCUGGCCAACUCAAUGCAGAUUUGAGAAAGUUGGCCGUCAACAUGGUGCCUUUUCCCAGACUUCACUUCUUUAUGCCAGGAUUUGCUCCACUAACAGCUCGGGGCAGUCAACAAUACCGAGCUCUGUCAGUCCCAGAACUUACACAACAGAUGUUCGAUGCUCGGAAUAUGAUGGCAGCUUGUGACCCACGUUACGGGCGGUAUUUGACAGUGGCCUGCAUCUUCAGAGGCCAAAUGUCUACGAGGGAAGUGGAUGAGCAGCUAUUGGCUGUGCAGACUAAAAAUAGCAGUCACUUUGUGGAAUGGAUCCCCAACAACGUUAAAGUGGCUGUUUGUGACAUUCCUCCUCGUGGUCUAAAAAUGUCGGCCACCUUCAUAGGCAACAACACGGCCAUUCAGCAGCUCUUCAGUCGCAUCUCUGAUCAGUUCUCAGCAAUGUUCAAAAGAAAAGCAUUUCUCCACUGGUACACUGGUGAAGGGAUGGAUGAAAUGGAAUUUUCUGAGGCAGAAGGCAACACCAAUGACUUGGUUUCCGAAUACCAGCAGUAUCAGGAUGCGAAAGCUGAUGUAGAAGAAUAUGAGCUUCACCUCCUCCUUCAGUCCCUUCUUCUUUUCCUUUGUCGAACUUACCUUUUCGUUACUGACUGGAAACCAGAAAUUGUUAUUGUUUUGAAAUAA